UUUGCUUCCAGCUAGUAUAGCGGUUCUCACCUCCCGCCGCAGCGAAUAUGUUUCGUCUCUUUCCACUACAUUCAUCCCAACAUCAGAACAACAAGCAAGACACCACUCCCCUUCGCCGCGCCUUCUUCCCGCCUUCUCCCCGCUUCCUUAUCCCAUCUUCCCCGUUUACACCCACCGCCGUUUUGAUGCCCUUCCCGUUACUCUACUUCCCCGUCUCCACCGUCGCUUGCAAGGUGUAAGGGCCUCCUCCUCCGUCUAUAUAAACUCCCCCUCAACGCCCAUCCUUGAACUCUCCAUUCUGCUUGCGAUCAACGUUCAAGAUGGCGUCCCCUUCCUCCAGCCAGGCCCCCGAUCGCACCCCUCGCAACCCCCGAGGCCCCGCCGUCCGUACCGAUGCUGGUGCCUCCGAUCGCGCCGCGAACCGUCUGCCUGACUUGGCCCAGCUGAUGGACUCCCCGCCCGAGGUUGAGUCUCUUCCUCUUACUCAGUCAAAUCCCAAUCAGCAAAGGCGGACACCAUCGACACCUGUGCCUAUCCCGCAGCAAGAAUCAUCUCCCGCUAGUGGAUCCGAUCACUUCUACUCGGCGAGGCAGACGCCUGCUCAAAGCGAAAGUCCCGCCCCUGAUCUGGCUACUGAGAGGCGGAUUGACGUUGACAGUCAUGCCUUCCACGAGAACUCCCUGGUUCAUCCUGCUCGGCACACAGAACGUGAUCUUGAAAGGCUGCCAAGAUACGAUCCUUUCAGAAACCCCUCAGCGUCCCCGGCAAGCAGAUCUGACACCUUCCACACGGCCAGAGAGACUCCUGUUGCGGGCCAAAGCCCAGCACCUGAUCAGAUAGCAACGGAUGUACCACUUGAUUUUAACUCUUAUGAGUUCAUGGUGAACUCCUUGGUCCAUCCUGUUCGCCGCACAGAGCAAUUUGAAGAAAGGUUUGAUCCAGACAUUCGUUCAAGGCUGCGGGGACCUUGGACGCUUGUUGGAAUGACCUGGGACGACAUUAUUCGAGACACCAAUGAUCGUCUCCUUGCUAAUGGCGCUGAGGAAAAGGAUUUGAUUUGCAAAGCAAGGCAUACAGAUCGGGGAUGCACUCGCUAG